GCUUUUCAUGGGUAGAAAAUCUAGAAAUAAAGAAGCUUUUUGAAUUUGUUUAUUCUUUAAUUAAAUUACCAUCACAAAAAAAUUUUAAUAGUCAAAUUUUAUCUGAAUCUGCACAAAAAAUAACUAAAUUAAUUAAAGAAAUAACACAAAAUGAUAAAAAAAAUAGUAUUACUCUAGCAUAUGAUGUUUUUACUAUGUGCCAAAUAAGAUCGAAACUUUUAUAUUCACAAAAUAUUCUUGGUAUUAACAAGUCACUAAAAACAUACAAACAAAAGAUUGAUAUUCUAUCUAAAAAUAAUGAACAAAUAAGUCUAAAAGAUAGUAAAGAGGAAUUAUUAUCAGAAGAUGACACUGAUAUAAAUAUGAGACAAAGUCAAAUAAAUGUUGAACAGCCAGAAUUAAAGGAUGAUGAUUAUAUGCAAUGUGAUUUGUUUAGCUUAAAUGAGUCAGAAGAUAAUUUAGCAACUAAAUGGAAAUUGGCAAAUAUUUUUGCUGAUUCAUUAGCUCAAUCCGCUUCUAUUAAUUUGCUUUUGGGAGAUCAAGAGGAUGGAAAAUCCCGAUGUUUUGGAUUUAUCGGAUAUCGCACGGAAAAAGAAGCAAAUGACGCUUUAAAUUAUUUUAAUAAUACUUUUAUUUAUACUUCAAGGAUCACUGUUGAACAUGCCAAGCCUGUUUGUGAUCCAACACUACCUAAGCCUUGGAGUGCUCAUAGUAUUGGUUCAUCAAGUUAUCAGAGAAAACAUUUUCAAAAAUCUGAGGCUAAUAGUGUGGAAAUAAUAAAAAAAAGAGUUAAAAAUGAUGAUCUUAAUGAUGAAAAGCUUGAAGAAUUUUUGGAAGUUAUGAAACCAAGAUCAAAAUCUAAAACUUGGGCAAAUGAUGAUUUAACAUUUUUGGAAUCUCAGCAGAGUUCGAAAAAUAUCAUUACAAAUGAUUCAGAUGAUGAACUUUAUCAAGAUUUACCAAAUAAACAUGAUAUAAUAAUUGAAAAUGAUACAAAUGAAUCGAAUGAUUCAAAAAAGCAUAAUAAAGAUAAAUUAUCUCGUGAGGAAGUUGAAUCGAGUAAGGGGUUGUCUGUAUCUGAUAUGGAGUGGAUUAGAAUGAAAAUGAGGAGAAGGUUAGAUAUAGAUGAUAAUGAUGAUGAUAAUGAUAUUGAUGUUUAUAAGAGUAAAAUCUUUUUAAAAGAUAACGAUGAUAAAAAUAAUAAAAUUGAUACUAAUCCAUCGCCAGAAAAUGAUGAUUCCAAAGAAAAUAAUAAUGAGAAAAAUGCUAAUCUAUCUGGCAGACCUACAGAGGUUCCACCUGAGGAAUCUAUUGGUGAAACUGGUAGAUUGUUUGUUAGAAAUUUGCCAUACAUAUGUUCAGAAGAGGACCUGCGAAAAGUAUUUAAUAAAUUUGGCCCACUUGCUGAAGUUCACAUUCCACUCGACAAGGAAACAAAGAACCAAAAAGGCUUUGCUUAUGUUUUAUAUCAUAUUCCUGAACACGCUGUAAAAGCUUAUAUUGAGUUAGACAAUAAAUUCUUCAUGGGAAGAUUAUUACAUAUUUUACCUUCUAGAGAAAAACCUCAAAUUCGUGAUUUGAACCCUGGUAGGUGGAAUUUAAAGAAAAAAAAAGAGAUGAAUCAGAAGAGCUUAGCUAGUAAUGACUUCAAUUGGACACAUCGAUUUAAUGUAAAAAAAUCAGAAAUUUUGGAUCCAGAAUCUGAUAACAUGGCUGCAAAGCUUGCUCUUGCGGAAACUCAUAUCAUCCAAGAAACAAAAUCAUUUCUUGAAAUGAAUGGAAUUUCCUUAAGUUCUUUUGGAAGAAAAGAAAAAAGUGAUACUAUUAUCUUAGUAAAGAAUAUUUCAUUUGGUGUGACAAAGGAGGAAUUACAACAAUUAUUUGGAUGGUAUGGAGAAAUAGGGCGUGUAACCUUAAUAGAAUUUUUACAUCCUUCAGAAGCCCGAAAUGCAUUCACAAACCUUGCAUAUAAAAAAUUUAAAGGAGUUCCUUUAUAUUUGGAAAAAGCACCAGCAGAUGUUUUUAAAAGUGAAACUGAUACAAACUUAAUGCCAACCGAUGAUGAUGCGAAAAAAGUACUUUCUUCAACAGAUAUAAUUGAAACAACUAUAAAUGAUGAUGAUGAAUCAUCUGAAGUAACUGCUACAUUGUUUGUCAAAAACAUAAAUUUUGAUACCACCGAGGAAGAGCUAAAAAAAGUAUUCAAGAAUACUCCUGGUAUGAGAUCUGCAAAAAUAAAAAUGAAAAAUGAUCCUAAAAAUCCUGAUGGUCAUACGUUACAAUUAAAAUUUUCAAAUCGUGGAUUAGAUACUGUACAGAGAAAACGUAAAGAGGAUGAAAUGAUGAAGAAAAAACAGGAAUCCACGAAAAUUAUUAUUAAAAAUGUUGCUUUUGAAACUACGAAAAAAGAGUUGAAAGAAUUAUUUGGAGAUGCAAGAAAUGUGAUGGAGCAAUUACAAAAUACACACUUAUUAGGUAGACAUCUCAUUCUUGAAUAUGCGGAUGAUGAUAAGAAUGUUGAAGAGUUGAGAGAGAAGAUUGGUAAAGAAUUUAUUGCAGAUAUUGAAGGUGGUGAUGGUAGGAUGAGAAAAAGAAAAAAGAUCGAUAUGGACGAUUGGGCAGAAAGCAGGGACGAUAUAGAAGAAUGA